AUGCAUCGAACCUAUUCUUUGCGCCAGAGCCGUGCUCCCACGGCCUCCCAGAUCGAAAGCCCACCUCCACCAAUCUCAUCGACCAAGACCAAUAGGCUCUUUGGAGGCACUAGCUUUGGCCAUGCCUUCCGUAAAACUACCGCAGGUAGCUUCGGCCCUGACCUUGCAAAAAAGCUUUCGCAGUUAGUGAAGAUGGAGAAGAACGUUAUGCGCAGUAUGGAAAUGGUUGGGAGAGAGAGGAUGGAUGUUGCGCAACAACUAUCUCUUUGGGGAGAAGGCUGCGACGAUGACGUUUCCGAUAUCACUGAUAAACUUGGUGUUCUGAUAUAUGAAAUCGGAGAAUUGGAGGACCAAUUUAUCGAUCGAUACGACCAAUAUCGAGUAACCAUUAAGAGUAUCCGUAACAUCGAAGCUUCAGUUCAACCUAGCAGAGAUCGCAAACAAAAAAUUACCGACCAAAUUGCACAGCUUAAAUACAAGGACCCGAACUCACCACGCCUCGUCGUGUUAGAACAAGAACUUGUCCGAGCAGAGGCGGAGUCUCUUGUUGCCGAAGCACAGCUUUCAAACAUUACCCGUGAGAAAGUUAAGGCGGCAUUUAACUAUCAGUUCGAUGCUCUGAGGGAACACUGUGAAAAAUUAGCCAUUAUUGCAGGCUAUGGAAAGCACCUAGUUGAAUUGAUUGACGACACUCCCGUAACUCCUGGGGAAACACGAGCAGCGUACGAUGGAUACGAUGCGAGCAAGGCUAUCAUCCAGGACUGUGAGGAUGCAUUGACAAACUGGGUCUCCUCCAGCGCUGCAGUUCACUCAAAACUUUCCACUCGGUCACGCACCCUGUCUCAGAGAAGAAGAAAUAAUAUUUCCAAGUCCCGGGCCGAUGGAGGGGAGGUGGGCAGCCACGAACACUCUGUCCGUGGGGAUCGUGACUCGUGGGUGCCUGCGGAGCAACACCCAAAUUACUCUCAAUCACACGGCGAUGAAGACGAUAUUUAUGAAGAGGAUGGCAUUAUUCAGGCAAAUGGUGACGGGGUAAGGGAGGAAGAAAGAGUGCAGGUUGCCGCGUAA